AUGAAGAAGAGCCGGAACCUGCUCCUGACCGCCGGGAGCAGUUUAGUGCUUCUUAGAAAUAUCCGCAACACUUUAGAGAACACCACAGGCCUGGUGAGGAGUAUGGUCUGCAACCUGAAGGCCAAGAAAGCAGCCAUCAUUGCUCCAUUCAGGAACUAUGUUGAGAUGUUGAAGUGGCUAGGAAACAUGCUCAAGGGGGUAACAGACUUAGGGGUGGUGAACCUUGACUCCCAACUCAAGGUUUCACCCAGACUGGAAUCAGAAGGACUCCAGGGGAGACUCAGUGAAGCCGAGCAGAAGCUGAACAACACAGUGAAGUAUGUGCAGUCCCUUAUGAAUACAGUCUCCUCAGUGAGCGAUAAGAUGUUUCCUGCCGUCAGCUUCCUCGUGCUUAUGAUGUUUAUUGCACUGCACAUAAAAAAAUACUGUAAUGACAUGAAAUAUGAAAACAGGUUCGUGAGCAGCAGGUUUGUUGAUUUUGACGAGAAGCAGAAGGCGGAAGGAAAGCCCCACGUCCUCCCCCUCACACCGGAGGAAGAGAAGCUGUACACCGCCGUCCCCUCGGCCCGUCCCACCCCCAGAGAGGGAAGAGCCAUGCUGAAAUUUGGUGUUCCAGUUGCCUCCCACCUUGUUGCUUGGGUCAUAUUUAUAACCGUGGAUGCCUUGUUGUACUGCUUUGUGGAUAUUGGGAUUGCAACUUUAAUAGGCAUUCCACUUGGUGAGGAAAACCAUCAGAAAGACUUUUCCUACUCUGUGACCCUGUUUGAGAAGGAGUGCCUCCCUAAACCCAAGCUGCUGCUCUAUGACUCUAUAGUUCCUCUUGCUGCCAUCCUGCUCACCCUGCUCCUUAUGGCUCUGAUGGCUGCCAAAGUGGCCCAGCUCAGGCUGAUGGUUUGUGAGCGAUUCUUCACCACCGCUGCAGAGAUGAGAGCGGAGUUCCUGCACGCCAAAAUCCUGAGGAAGAGAUUAAAAAGGAGGAAGGAGAGUAAUAACUGCAGCCUCACAUCCCUCUACUUUAAGCCACACUUCUGGUGCCCACUACUCUUCAGGCCCAAAGAGGAUCCACACAGUACCGUGUGA